UAAAUUUUAUCUUUUUUAAUUUUGCAAUAAUUGAUUAAAAAAAGAAAGAAAAAAUUUAAAAAAACAAUUUGUUACCAGACAAAACGAAACGUGAAAAUGAUGAUGCUUUUCAACAGGAAGCCAAGAGGAGCCUCUCCUUCAUCUUCUCCAGUCAUGGCUUCUUUCUCGGCUCUCUUCCAACCCCAACUCCACCCCUUCCCUAACCCUAAUCUCAUCCACAGGUACACCAUUCCUCUGCGCACCCAAACCCUAACCACCUCCUCCGUCCCUCACUCAACCCCCAACUCCGAGACCAACCAAACUUCCUCCCCCUCCUCGGCCCCGCCUCCUCAAUCUCCAGAACCUCCUUCUCCUAAGAAGUCCUUCGCUGUGGCCACGGGCGAGCUCUUCUUGGGUUUGGCGUCUAGGAUUAUCAAGCGGCCCAAUGGAGGCCCAGACGGCAAGGCGGCCUCGUCGGUCGCCAUGUUUGAGAGCUCUGGGAAGAAUUACUUGGACGAGAGAAUUGGCAAGGUGAUGGAGGAUGAGAUUGAGCCAGAUGUUGUUUGGGAGCAGCGCGUUAAGGAUGUGGAGGCUGAGAAAGAACGGCGUGUGGUUACUAGUCCCGGCUUUAGUUUUUCUGCUGCGGGGCUUCUUUUCCCUUAUCAUCUAGGCGCUGCUCAGUUCCUUAUUCAAAAUGGUUAUAUCAAGGAAACCACACCAUUAGCCGGUUCCUCUGCAGGUGCCAUUGUCUGUGCUGUGAUUGCCUCUGGAGCCAGCAUGGAAGAGGCCUUACAAGCUACCAAAAUACUGGCUGAAGAUUGCCGGAACAGAGGGACUGCAUUUCGACUUGGGGCUGUUCUCCGAGAUGUUCUUCAAAAGUUUUUGCCCGAUGAUGCUCAUAUUAGGUCUAAUGGGAGGGUUCGAGCUUCUUUUUUAUUUCCCUUUUUUUCCCCCACAGUUGCAGUAACACAGCUUCUAUGGAGACCGAGGGGUUUAUUGGUGGAUCAGUUUGACUCUAAGGAGGAUCUCAUUGAUGCAGUUUUUACUUCUUCCUUUAUUCCAGGAUAUCUUGCACCAAGACCAGCAACGAUGUUCCGGAAUCGGCUUUGCAUUGAUGGGGGCUUGACAUUAUUUAUGCCACCAACAUCUGCAGCACAGACGGUACGUGUUUGUGCUUUCCCUGCCAGUCGAUUAGGAUUGCAAGGAAUUGGGAUCAGUCCAGACUGUAAUCCUGAUGAUAGGGCUACCCCUCGACAGCUUUUCAAUUGGGCACUUGAGCCAGGAGAAGAUGAUGUUCUUGAUCGGCUCUUUGAGCUCGGAUAUCAAGAUGCAGCUGUAUGGGCUAAGGACAACCCGGUUGGUGAAAUAGUUGAAGACGACACUUCCUUGGUUGGUAGUGGCAUAGAUCAGUAGGCUGUCAUUAGAGUCUCUCUUUGACCUUGAAGAUGCAUAAGGUUCUUGGUUACUGUCAAUUACUGAGAAUCCUGUUAUGUCAUUUUCACAUACAAGUCAGAUAGACUAGCUUUCCUAUAGCAUAUACAGCCCUUGAUUAUAAAAGGGUGGAACCACAUUCUCUUGCAAUUGUAUAGCAAGCUGUAAAAUUUGUUGUAAGACCGUAUGUGGAAUAGGGAAAAGAAAAAAAAAUAAAUAAGGUCAUUGAAAAUGCAUUUACCAAUAAUGAGAUUAGGUCCAGUGUUAGAAACCUUCUAUCUCCAGACUUAUUCCUUUUGGUUUUAGUUUCAAUUUCAUUAGGCGGUACUUGGUACUUUUUAAAAUUCUGUGGCUGGUAUUGGAUUUCUUGAUGGUGUCGUAGAUUUGGGUGUUGUUUAUGAUUGUAAUCUUUCCAAUAGAGAUGAAUAUAAUCUUUGAGGUUAGGUAUA